UUUCAUUAUCACACAUGAUUAAUUAUUUUCACCACCGUUAUCUUAUUACCAUAUACCUUAUUGUCGGGGUAAAACACCGAGACAGAUAAGAACGUACUUAUCUCAGUGGGGUAAAAGAAAUCAAUGCAUUAUCGUACCAGUUACCGGCGCAGUGUUGACUGCUCGUCGUGGGCCCCGCGAUCGCAACGAUUACGGCGGCGUCGGGCUCGUAAACAUUUAGCGUCUGAUCGGGAAAGAGGUCUGACAAUAUUAACAACGUGUGCGUGUGCCUACGACAAAUUUCCGUUUGGUAAACGCAUACCCUGCAGAGUUCCUGCGCGUGAAAACCGCUUUUACCGCCUAAGCGGAAUGUUCUGCGUCCAAUAAUUAUUUUUUUAUAACCUCGUCGUCGUCGUCGUCGUCGUCGUGUAGGUACCUUUGUGUAUUGUUGUAGUGUACGCGGCGUAACUCCGUAGGCCAUUUUGGCAGAAAAUCUACAGCUAACGCUAUAACGGAUCGCGCCGGGACUGCCUCCCCUCCACACGUCAGAAAUAGGGUCUUACGGAUUCCCCAGAAUCGUUCCGAGGCGCGCACACAUACACACAGCACGACCACCAUCACCCCCACGACAUCACACCGACACACACACACGCAAGUAUACACUAUACACGUGUUUUGUGUGUUAAAGACAACACCUGGGACGACCGUAAAUUACUGCAACGCCGUCCUUUAAAUUUUUUUUUUUUUUUUACAUUUUACUACUCGUCCGUGCUACACCUAUUAAACACUAAACUGUCUCGUUCGUAUUUACUAUAGCUAUAUAGUUCACUUACGCGCGCCGUACUAUUCGGUUUUUACACACGCCGAUUUCUUUUACACCGUUGCGCGUCCGUACGUACGUUAGAUAUUCACCUCACUGUAUUAUUACCUAUACCUAUAUUUUAUAACGUCGACACGAACAGUGUAAACGAGCGACAUCAUGAGGAGCGAAAUUCUCGAAGAAAUGCCCGAAGCAAUCGUGGAAUACUUCUGCGAACAAGUAUUGAAACGUGACUGGCCAAACUCUAUACACGCAUAUAAUUUCAUUAAAAAUGCGUUUCGAUGGAUGAGCAAAAAUUCGGCAUCGAGCUAUAAAUUAUACUAUAUUUCUAAUGACGUUGAGAAUGGAACAUUUAUUGGGAUUUUAUCGCGACCUGAAGAAGAAUAUCCGGACGUCGUAGUCACAUACACUUGCCCGGGAAACGAAGAACAAUUCCGAAGGAUGUUGUUUAAUACUGAGCACAUCAAUUGGCAGAAGAAACUGCUGUUCCAAGCUAUACCGAUCAGAAUGAAUGCCGUCUUGGAAACAACGGUUGAGGAAAAGGGAUUGAAGAGUAAACUGUACUUUAAUACUGUACUCAAGUGGAUGCCAGCCAAUGUAGCUGCCAGAUUAGAUUACGAAACUCCGGAAGAUGUGUUUAUUGACAAAUUGAGCUUGGAUCAUAUAGACUUUAUUUAUUCACAGUGGACUCAUAGUGACAUUUACCCCAAAUCUGAUCUUUGGGACAUAGUAAGACUUAACAUUAGUUUGGGUAUAUUCAGUCGGCAUAAUGGUGAGCUUUUGGCAUGGGCCAUGUGUGGCAAUUACGGAGGUUUAAGUACUUUGGUAGUUCAGAAAGAUUACAGAAGACGUGGAUUUGGUAAACUGAUUGUGUUGGCAGUAACCAAGGAAAUGGGCGAGAAUGGCGUCUCUCCUCAUGCACUUAUUAGUGAAAAGAACAAUGUGUCGUUGAGCUUGUUCAAGAAUGUUGGUUAUACUAAACAGUCAACGAUAUUACCAUGCGUAGUAGUUGAAGACCCGGAUAUUUCUGGGCCAUAAAUACUGGGAUAAUUACUUUGGCAUUUACCUCAACGAUUGGAUUCAAAAAUGUAUACUAUUCAUUUUAAGAGGACGCCACACCAACAUGUGUUGUCUGUGUCUUUUACACACGUCAGUUGAAAAUUUUUUUACGCGGGAUGACUUUACUUUCUCCAUAUUUAUGUACGAAAAAUUACCAAAAUUAUAAAUCGCAUUGAGAAGAAUUUUAUCUGUGUCGUAGCGUCUUAUUUUUUUUU